CUAAAAUAAAACUACAAAAAUGUUUCAUGCAGAAGUUAGGCAGAUAAAGAAGAAAAAAGUAUGAUGAUCAUUCAUAGAAGACAGAGGGUCCCAGGGCUGGGGGAACAUGGUGAGGUCAGUAUAGAAAAGGACAAUACUAAAGGAAACCGGGGUAAAAUAGCAUUGCUAUCCUAUCUCUGCUAUAUUCUUUCUUCCCUCGGAGUAUUCUCAGCUAGGGCAGGCCACUGAAGAAAGGCAUCAAAAAAAUCUUUACAAAUUGAAGAAAAAGCAAAAGAUCUUGCUUGGACUAGACUACCUCCAUCUUUUACAAGGGUAACCUAGCAGGUGAGUGGAAUCAUGUGACCUUGUGAUGUCAACUAUGCUCAGAACGCUCAUCACUAGGCAACUUGGCCAGCCUCUUGGCAGUAGGUGUGUGAUCUCCAGACCCUUGUGGAGGUGAGAAUAUGGAGAACUUCUCAUUCCUUAGCAUCUCUGGACCUCGAAUCUCUUCCUCUGCCCGGAGCACUUUUCCUGACAUUUUGUCCUCAUGUGCCACCAGCCUGCCAGACAUUGCAAAGACAACGGUACCCAAGGAGGCUGCCAAUCCAGCUCAGUCCCUGCCACCCCAGUACCAAAGGAGCACCCUCCGGCACGGGGUGCAUAGCAGAGUGCCCUUCCCAGACUGCACCUCAGGGGACAGCCCAAACGGAAAGCAGCUGAGGCGAAACUGCAUCAUCUAUCGGCCCUGGUUCUCCCCAUACAGCUACUUUGUGUUUCUGGACAAAGAGAGCCACCUAGAAGCCUGCAGCCUCCCAGAGGCAGAACAGGACGAGUGCAGAGGGGAUAGCAGCCUUCUCGAGGACGUGGCUGAGAGUAUCUGCUCCUCCUCUUCCUCCCCAGAGAACACAUGCCCUCUGGAAGCCACCAGAAAAACCAGGCAUGGCCUGGACUCUGUGGAUUAUGUCACAUCCCAGGACAUCCUAAUGGCCUCCAAGUGGUACCCAGCCCAGCAGAAUGGCUACAAAUGUGCGGCCUGUUGUCGCAUGUACCCCACCCUGCACUCCCUUAAAGGCCACAUCAGGUGGGGGUUCAAGGAGGGCUUCAGCUGCAGGGUAUACUACCGUAAGCUCAAAGCCCUCUGGGGCAAAGACCAAAAGUCCCGGCCUGGGGAUAGGCUCUCCUCAGGCAGCUGCCAGGCCUUUAAGUAGUCACCUCAGGUAAAUAGGGGAGGAAGCCUAUUGAUAUCUCUAGAAAGAUGCCAAUAAAUCAGUUAGUCACA